GGGGAACAGUUACCAUUUGUAUUUGAUUGUAUUCAAUGACUAUUAAUUAUCCACCGCACUGCAAACCAAAUUAAUAUAUAUACAGUGAUGUGCUAACAAUGUACACCAUGUACACUAGGUCGUUUUUCCAUUUGCAACUCUCCGCCAGCUAACUACAUUGGGCCAAUGGUGGGCUAGUGAGUGGAAGGGGGGGGUGGAUUAAAGAGACCACGUGUUCUUAUGUCUCCAUGCGUCUACAAAGCAUUGAGCCGUCUUGGUUAUGUUAUAAAACUCUAAUUAUGCUGUUGAAACAUAAAUAAUAGUGACUGAUCAGUGGUAACAAUUAAAUUGGAAGAAAAUGCAGGUCUCCAACCCCAACAACGUCAAAAUCUACAAUCUCAGUGCUGGAAAAACUCUUCCAGAGUGGCUGUCAGAGAGAAAGAGGAGAGCAUUGUUGAAGAAAAAUGUUGAGAUCAGAAGAAGUAUCGAACUUAUCCAGGAUUUUGACAUGCCUGGAGUCAGUACGUCAAUCAAAGUAUCUAAAGAUCUUCAAUAUGUCCUAGCGACUGGAAUUUACAAACCCAGAGUGAAGUGCUUCGAUGUUAAUAAUCUCUCUCUGAAGUUUGAGAGGUGUUUCGAUUCCGAAGUUGUAACUUUCCAGAUAUUGUCUGAGGAUUACAGCAAACUGGUAUUUUUGCACUGCGACAGACACAUAGAGUUUCACGCAGCCCACGGAAAAUACCACCGCCUGCGAAUUCCUCGAUUCGGUCGAGACCUCGAGUACCAUUACCCCUCGUGUGACCUCUUCAUCGUGGGAGUCAGCCACGAGAUCUACAGAUUGAAUCUAGAGCGUGGACAGUUCUUGAAGCCCUUCCUCUCGGAUUCCUCAGCGAUCAAUAAAUGCAGCAUCAAUUCAGUGCACAAUCUCCUGGCAGUGGGGACGCAAGAGGGGAAGGUCGAGGCCUGGGACCCCAGAACUAAGGAGAGAGUGGGAAUGUUGGACUGUGGCUUCCACUGUGUCACCCAGGAUACCAGGCUAGAGGGUGUCCCCUCAGUCACAGCUCUCAAGUUCCAAGGAGGGCUUACAAUGGCUGUCGGGACUGCAACUGGACAGAUUCUCAUGUACGACAUCAGGAGCAAUCGACCUUUCAUUGUUAAGGAUCAUAUGUAUGGUCUGCCUAUCAGAAAUAUCGAGUUCCAUGAUAAAAUGGAUCUGGUUUACUCCAUGGACAGUUCGAUUGUGAAGAUCUGGGAGAAACAGACUGGGAAGAUUUACACGUCGAUAGAAGCUCAGAACGACCUGAAUGAUCUCUGCACAAUCCCAGGGACUGGAAUGCUCUUCCUAGCGAACGAAUCCCCAAAAAUGCAGACGUACUACGUUCCAAGUCUUGGCCCAGCCCCCAAGUGGAGCGGAUUCUUGGAUACCAUUAUUGAGGAGCUCGAGGAAUCCAACUUCGACACCAUAUACGAUAACUACAAAUUCGUAACUGAUAAGGAACUGGAGGAGCUGGGGCUCACCCAUCUAAUUGGAACGAAUCUCCUGAGGGCGUACAUGCAUGGCUAUUUCAUGGACGUGCGACUCUUCAGAAAGGCCAGGGACGUCAUCAAGCCAUUUGCUUUCGAGGAAUAUAAGAAGAAAAAGAUUCGAGAAAAAUUAAGCGAAGAUGCGAAGAGCAGAGUUCAAAUACAGAAACUGCCUGAGGUCAACAAAGAGUUGGCGUUUAAGCUGAUGGACACUGAAGACGGCAGCAAAAUCAAGAAGAAGAAGAGCGGUGCUGCAGCUAUCCUGAAGGACGACAGAUUUAAAGCUCUGUUUACAAAUCCAGACUUCCAAGUUGACAAGACUUCCGUUGAGUUCAAUCUUCUGAACCCGGUGAUUUCCCAGCUUGAUAAGGGAAAGGCAAAGACGUUGAAAGAAAUUGAGAAAGAGGAGAAGAAGAGGGAGCUUAAUGCUUUCGACGAGGAUGAAGAACAUAAUGGAAGUUCGGAUGAUGAAUUGUUAAACGAUGAAUCAUCAGACGACGAAAAGACCUGGUCGAAGGAAGUGAAGAAGAAGUACAGAGAGCUGAAGAGAAAACGACGUGAAGAUGAAAUCGAAGAAGAUGAUGGUGAUAAUGAAGGAGAACAGAAGGAGGAUGCUAGACAGGUGAAACAGCCGAAGUUCUACGAGAUCAAGGAUGGGGCGGACUUCAGGGGUGGAAAGACCUACAUGAAGAAGAGAAUAAAAGCAAGCUUGGGAGACAGAUUGAACAGCGAAGAAACUAACGUGCGAGUUACGGGAUCGAGGGGAAAUAGGGAAAUGACUUUUUCUACUGGGAGAAAGAAAUUUGGCAAAUCUAGGGAUUCUUUCAAGCAUAGAAGGGCUGACCAGAAGGGGUUGUUGAGACCUGCUGGCAAUAUUGGAAAGAAAAAAUAUAAAAUAUGAGUAGAUUCAUCAUUAAUCUAAUUACCGUUAUUAAUUGUAUAUUUUUUCAUAAAUAAAAGUCCGAAAAUGUA